GUUUCCUUAAAUAGGCUCACUGUUUCUUCACUUCUUCCUAGUCUCUAUUAAGAUAUAAAAGAUAUAAGAAGUCGCUGCAGAGUAGCAAUUUUAUAAAUGAACAAUUCUUAAAAGAGAAGAUUUAGCAGUAUUUUUAAACCAUUUACUCAUUUUAUAAUUUUUAAUUUUUCUAAUUAAACAUGUGGUAUAUUACUGAAGUUAUGGCKUUAACAGCAUUUGUAAUUAUAUUAUUCUACGUUAUUAAAUAUUUAAAAAAUAAAUUUCGGGAAAUUAAUAUGGURAAAMAUUGUUCUGGACCUAAAGCUUAUCCUUUGAUCGGAAAUGCAUCUAUGUUUCUCGGUGAUUUGAAAGAUAUAUCUUAUACAWUAAAGAAAUCACUUGAAACAUAUUCAUCGCCUUGUCGAUUUUGGAUAGGCCCAAAAUUAGUCUUAAUGUUUGAUGAUCCCGAAGAUAUUAARAUUAUAUCAGACAAUCCGUAUGAUUUUCAAAAGAGUCAGUUAUAUGACUUUAUGAAAUCUUAUAUGGGAAAUGGGUUGAUUACUGCGCAAGCGACAWUAUGGAACAUUCAUCGAAAGAUGUUAGGUCCAGUAUUCAAACGAAACAUGUUAUCAACCUAUGUGGCCGGAAUAAUUAAAAAUUCAAAUACACUAGCAACUAUUUUAGAAGCUUAUAAUGGCGAAAACAUARAUAUCGAGAAAAAUCUAAUGCUGUGUACACUUAAUAUAAUAUAUGGUAAGAUGUGAGACUUUUAAAAAGCUUGAAAAACCGUCGUAUUAAAAUUGAUUAAAAAUUGAUUUUGUUUGUUUG